AUGGAUGGAGGGCAAUGGGUCAAUGGGACACCACCAGUGGAGUUCCUGCUGCUGGCAAUGAGUGAUGAUCCCUCUCUCCAGACACUGCCCUUCAUCCUUUCACUUGUCAUCUACACUGUGACUGUCUUUGGGAACAUCCUCAUUGUUGUACUGGUGAUGGCAGAUCAGCAUCUGCGCACCCCCAUGUACUUCUUCCUGGACAAUCUGUCCUCCUUGGAGAUCUGCUACAGCUCCACCAUCUUGUCCCGGCUGCUGGCCAGCUUCCUGACUGGGGACAAGACCAUCUCUGCUCAUGGCUGUAUGGCUCAGUUCUACUUUUUUUCCAGUUCUGCUGGUACUGAGUGUUACCUGCUGGCAGCCAUGCCCUAUGAUCGGUACUUAGCCAUCUGCCAGCCCUUACUCUAUGCAAGCCACGUGACCUGGAAGGUGAGUCUCCAGUUGGCAGCUGCGUCUUGGCUGGGGGGAUUGCUGCUAUUUGCAGUACUCAUCUUCCUCUUAUUUCAGUUGAAGUUCUACAGCCCCAAGGCAAUUGACCACUUCUGUGAUUUUACUCUGUUGAUGGAGCUCUCCUGCAGUGACACCAACGUGCUUACAGGGGCCGCUUUAAUCUUUGUCUUCUUGGAUGCAGUAUUCCCUUUUCUGUUCACACUGGCCUCCUAUGUGUUUAUCAUAGCUGCCAUCCUGAGGAUCCUGUCCCAUCAGGGCAGGCAAAAAGCCUUCUCCACCUGUUCCUCUCACCUUACUGUCGUCACUCUCUUCUAUGGCACUCUUAUCAUUGUCUAUAUGCUGCCCAGGACAACUCCACCGAGGCAGCUCAACAAAGAAUUCUCCUUUUUCUACACUGUCCUCACAGCCCUGAUUAACGCCCUCAUCUCCAGUUUGAGGAACAAGGAGGUCAGGGAGGCCCUCUGGAAGGUGCUCAGGAAAGCAAAGGCCUGCACCCAGAACUCCUGGCGUGAGGGUGACAGUAGGAACAAACCACUUGCAAGUCUUUCACAAGGGCAAGUGCUGAAUACUGGGCACACCUCCAGAAGUGUGUGCCACUGCGCCUACUUGAAACUAGCGCAGGGAUGA